AUGGGUGCAAGUUGUAAAGACCAAAAGAAAGCUCUAGCUAUUUGCUUGCAAAGGUCACCUUGUGUUCUUAUAGAGAGGAACACGCCUAAGAAAUGCUUAUCGGAUCCAGAGUUAAAGAAGGACCUUCCAGAAUUGUGUAUCGCCAACUUCCGUGCAUUCAUGGAGUGUAGGAAUGGUAUGUUUGAUAUGAGAAAGAGAAUGAAAGGUAAUGCACCGUUAUCUACUGGUAAGUAUGACGAUACUUAUGAGAACUUAUCAUCCGGAAAUUUCGAGGCUCACGAAGAAAUGAAAAAAUUGGAAGUGUUGAACAGAAAUUUAUCUAGGCAACGACUCUUGAGAGAAGAACAAGAGAGGGCAAGAUUGGCCGGAACUUUGGAAAAAAACUAA